UUGAUUUGUUUAUCAUUUUGAAAAAUUUUUUAAUUAUUUAUUGGAAUUUUGUGAUAAUCAGUUAAAAGCGUUCGAAAAAUGAAGAUGGACGCAAAAUUGGUUAAUAUUUUGUUCUUGAGCAUCACGUUUCUUAUAAUUUUCUUUGCGUUCCAGACAACUACCAAUCUUCAGAGAAAAAUUUUACAUUCUGGAAGUGAGAAACAAAGCUCUUUCGAACACAGCGUCUUCACCAGUCUCGGACUUUAUUAUUUUAUUUUUUCGGCAACUUGCUGGUUUGUACCGCCUUUCAUAGCUGUGGUCGGUCCACGCUGGACACUGAUAAUUGGUACCUGCACUUUUCUUUUCUUUAUAGCGCACUUUCUCUAUCCUCUUGCAUGGCUGUUGUAUUUUUUGAAUAUUACGCUCGGUGUUGGCUCUGCUUUUGUAUAUAUAACACAAGGUAACUACAUCGCAAGAAAUAGUGACAGCAAUACCGUUACGCGCAAUUCCGGCAUAUUCCUUACGUUCCAACAAACGAGUUAUAUUAUAUCCGCCAUCUUGAUAUAUUUCAAAUAUAUCAAUGUUGCUGAAUUCACCAAUUCAGAUCGUUACUUAAUUAUCGGUAUAUUGACAUUUCUCUGUCUAAUUGGCGUUAUAAUGUUAUACUUUAUACGCUUACCGGAAAGCAAUCAAACGAUAGAACAGGAAAAACAGAAUUCCUGCGCUGCGGUAUUCCUCACGAUUCGGGAUAACAUUGUGCUGCUUCUUGAAAGAGAUAUGCUGCUGCUGGUGGUGAUCUUCGUUUAUUCAGGAUUAGUACAAGGUUUCUAUAAUGGAGUCUACGGUCCGGCCAUGGUGUAUACACAGAGAAUAAAUAUGGAUAUAUAUCCAGAUGAAUUAUCAUUUAUUGGCUAUAUAUUGAAGGGUUGUGGUGGAUUUCUGGGUUCAGUAUUCUUCGCUCUCUUGGGUGAUUUAACCGUACGUUGGGGUCGUGAUGUGUUCAUGUACGUGGCAGGUGUAUUCCAUUUAACAACAUUUAUAAUCAUCUACAUUAAUAUACCGUAUGAAUCGUCAUUUGGUGAAAAUCAAGCUGCUUCCGUUGUGGAUCCACCAAAUUUCUACUUGGCUAUAAUUUGUUGCUUUCUCUAUGGCCUGGGAGCUGCGCUUUAUACCGUUAAUAUAUAUAGUAUGUUGGCAGGUGGUUUUGUUGCUGAAUCGUCGGCUGGAUUUGGUAUAUACAAAUUCUUUCAAUGUUUCGGUUGCGCAAUAUCUUACUUAUAUUCAAGAUUUACAAAUUUAUAUAUACAAAUAGCAAUAUUAAUUGUAUUGCUUAUAGCGGCUGUUGCCUGUUUUGGUAUUGUCGAGCGUACAGCCAGAGCUAAGCAGCAAGAGCAAGCAAAUGCUGAUUAAAAUAAAAUAUGUAUUUUGAUUAAAAAUAAUAA